AUGGAUAAUAACUUUUGCAAGGGGGAAAUUCUGAGGCUGGUCAAAUGUUUGGGAGUAAAUGGAAUAGCUGCGGCAUUAAAUGUCAAUGAAAAGGCCCGACUAAGUACAUUCCUUGGCAUAAUAAUACUUAAUCCUGUUCUUAAAAGAAAUGAAUCUCUAAGUUCGACAGCCAUUGGAGCGAUUACGACCAGGCAAAUGAAUACGGCAUCUUAUGAUUGGCUAAUCGUUUCUAAGUCUGUUUUUGAUUUCAAAACUGUCAGUGACAUUUUGAAUAAAACAGAAAUGCGUUUCGAUCAAAACAUUGUAGCGACUUUCCCCGAUUUAGGUGUUCAAAAUAUAAAAACUAGAAGAUUCUGUGACGAGAAUUUCGUUUAUAAAAAGAAUCGUAAAGUUCGAAUUUCAAAUGGAAACAAUUUAAAUGAAACUGGAUUUAGUUCAAAAAGAUGUAUUACAGUUUAUGAUUGUAAGAAAAAUGAAUACGAGAUUAAUUAUUAUAAAACGACGAGAAGACUUCUAAAUCUUACAAGAGGUCAAACUUAUCAAAGCAUGGGAAAGCUUGUGUCUUUAUAUAGGACAGGAUUAAAAUUUAAUUCUUCAAGAUAUUUUCAUCCAACAAACGUCAGUAAUUUUUCUAUAAAUAAAGAGAUCGAAAUAAUAAGACAUCGUUAUAAUUUAAAAACAUUCCAUAGCAAUAUAAAUGUUGUUCAGUAUUUCAAAGUACGAUACAAUUCGACGUUGUUUGUUUCCUACUUGGGUGUCUGGAGUCAAAACCAAUCUAUGGCUCUGGUAGAGUCUCCAUUUCCAACAGAAGCCAGAAAUUUCAUGGGAGAAUAUUUCAAAGUUGGAAGAUGUAAUUACUCCGAACAUACGCAGUCUGCUUCUGAUAAUGAAGGGCCAUCGGCCCCUGAACUAUUGGACGAUGUUCUUCAAACCCUGUCCAUACGACUGAAUGCAACGUCUGUGACAAGGUAUUAUGGGAAACUAGGAUUUCGCACUUAUGAAGGUGCAUGGACAGGUCUACUCGGGGCUCUGAUGGAUGGCUCAGUAGACAUAGCGCUGGAACCGGUUACAGCAAUGUCUUCUCAUCACGAUGUUAUGGAUUUUAUUUUUCCGAUCUCAAAAACUAUGUGUAGUAUUUAUAUUCGUCAUCAUGAGACGUCUGCUGUACGAGAUAUAUUCUUGGCUCCGUUCAGCUUCAGGCUUAUAGUAUGUGUUUUUUCAGUGGUUCUUAUUGCGGCAACCAUUUUUAUUUUAAUACACAGAGUUACAGCUGCCUAUAUAAAAAUACGACAUAUGAGUUGCAUGGAAGGAUUGAUCUGGUCCACCGGUAUUCUUUGCCAACAAGGUGGAUCAUGGACUCCGCCUAAUCCUUCAGCAAGCAUAUUGUUAAUAGUGUGUUUGCUGUUUGCUCUUGUGAUAUACAAUUCCUACGCAGCCUUUAUAACCUCAGUACUGUCCGUGAGGGUGGCGAGUGUUGGUUCAGUAGCCGAUGUCUUGCAGUCUUCUAGUUUCAAGAUCGGUUACAUCAAAAACAGCGCCGAUCAAAUGUAUUUGAUGUCAACAAAAGACGCUCAGCUCAACGCGUUUUAUAUACGGGGCUAUUCGGAAGCAGAGAACUUGGUGCUGUCAGCUGAAGAAGGAUUGGUACGUGCAGCGAAGCAGGAUUAUGCCUUCUUUGCUGGACAGCGAAUAGCUCGCUCUACCUUACGAUCACUAAGCCAAGCUCGGGGGCGAUGUGCGCUUCGUGAGUUGCCGGUGCAUUCGACCCAAGCCCAAUUAGCCUUCCCUUUAUCAAGAGGAUCGCCUUACUCAAAGCUGAUAUUGAUCAGUCUGUUACAGAUACGUAGUAGUGGAGCGCUGGCGCGAUUAGAAACAGUCUUGGUACCAGGCAUGCCUCAGUGUACACCUCCCUCAGGCUUCGCCUCAGCCCGGGCUGCCGAUGUUCAGACAGCUCUCUACGUUAUCCUGACUGGUCUCUUAGCCUCCAUUAUAUUAGGUAUUGCUGAAUAUUGUUGGAAAAAUAGAAGACAGUAUAAAAGAAGUUUUCAAGCAAGAAUCCGACGUUUUAUGGUAUAAAUGGGGUUAAAAUUUCGUAGAGAACAUUGUUUUUUGACCUGAAAAUAAAGUUAAAAAUAACGAGACAAAUUU